CACCGCCCAAUCAUCCAGCUGCGAUUGCUCCUCUCCGUUCGCCUCUCCCGACGGUUCUCGACUGUCUGUGUGUUCGACCUCGUCCACUAUCGAACUUGCUUCGAUCUGCCCAAGUCUUCACUUCGACUUCCUUCCUUAUCUAUCAACCGCCACUACAAUGGGCUGCGCACAAUCCAAGACUGAAGACGUGGCCGCCACCAACCCGCCUGAGGCCGAGCCCGUUGCUGUUGAGGAGCCCAAGGUCGAAGAGCCUAAGGCCGAGGAGACCGAAGAGACCGAAGAGACCGUGACCCCGGCUGAGCCUGAGGCUGAGACGUCUGACGAGCCCGCCAAGGAGCUGUACAAGAUCACGGGCCACGAGAUCGACGAGGCUGGCGUGGUCUUCUACGUCGUGGAGUCCGCUGAGGGCAACGUCGCCUUCAAGAAGCGCUUCAGCGAGUUCAAGGCGCUCGUCGUGGCACUCGGCAACCCCAAGAACCUGCCGGCACUGCCCAGCUCUGGUUUGGGCGCCAAGCUGCGCGGCAAGCACAACCCCGAUAUGAUCCAGGAACGCGAGGGGCAGCUUGCGGUCGUGCUCAACGCUAUCGCCAGCGACGCCGAACUGGCCGAGAAGGAGUCUUUCAAGAAGUUUGUCGAGUAAUCAACCACCCCGCUUUGUUUCUAAACCUUUGUACCAAUGCAAUGACAGCACUUCAGAUUGAUACCCUAAUAUCGAGUAAUCAACCACCCCG